AAUUUAAUUCUCUUUUAGCAGAACUUUACCCAUCAGGAUAUACUUUCAAAGAACAUGAACUUAGAGCAUGGAGAGCAAUGCUUAAAGCAGCUGGUUGCCAUAAUUAUCAAUUUUGGAGUUGUUCACUAAAUACAUUACAAGAUCAACAAACACUUUCUCAGUUGUAUUCUCAGGGGUUUCUGUCACCAACACCAAUACAUAAAAAAACUCCAAUAGAUGAAGAGUAUAUAAGCAAAAAAUUUUGGGAAUGUUUGGAGAAGCACUAA